AUGAACGGGGAGUCUAACCAGGGAGGCGGAGAUGGGAAUGAAGAAGGACGAGCUCUGCCAGGUGCUAGUUUUAAUCGACUUCCAACACCUGCAGCACGAACCAGCUUUAUGCUGGGUAGUGCUCUACAGCACCCUGUUGAGACCGAUGGCGGAGAUGCAGGGGUUGAGGAACAGGAUUCCUACUGGCCUAGCAGUCCUCAUCCAGAGUGGCAGGGUGGUGGGCAGACCUGUGUUGAAACAGGCGAUGAUGAUGAGUAUAGGCCUACUGUAGCGGAGGUCGAGGCGGCGGCGGCAGAGGACUCUGCAGCGGGGGCGGGAGGGGACGCGGAUGUGGAGGAGGAGGUGCAAGAGCAGGAGGGGGAGGGUGCUGGCCGCAAUGCCAGGGAGCUGCAUGGAGGGGAUAAUGGACGGGGAGGAAGGGGUCGAGGGGGUCGUGGGGGGGGACGGGUUGGUCGUGGGCAGGGUCGGUCUUCUGCGCGUGCGCAGGCCGUAGGCAAUGCAGGGGGGCACAGUGGGGGGCAUGCUAGCGGCCCCCCAGUAGAUGGACGAGGUGGGGGGAGGGUUGGGAGGGUUGCGCAUAGUGCUGCAAGGGCUGGGCGCGGUGGCAGUGGUGGUGGGAGAGCGGCCGAGGCUGCGCCCGAUCCAGGGCCAGGCAAUGCACCCACUCAACGGUCCGAUGGUGUUGGGUCUACGCCGUUGCGUGCUGGUGGCAUCAGUCGGGGUGGUGGGACAGCGGGGAGUCGUGGGCGUGCGUCAAAGCGUCAACGAAGGGAGGAUUUGCCUAAGGAUUCGGUGGUUGAGGGUUUGGCAGGGAAGCACUACCCUGGUUUACUUGUGGGAAUGUUUGGUGAGCUUGAGGAUGGUUGUCGUCCGUGUCGGGUGUGUGGGGACGUAAUGGGAUGGGAUGGGGGUAGCACGGGGACUGGGUGGAAGCAUGUCAAGCGCGCGCACUACCCUAAUGUGCAGAUUUGGGUGCGGCGGUUCCUGGACCCGGCGAAGCCAAAGGACCUAGAGUUUCCUUGGGGCGGCUAUGGCGUGUCGGGCGAUGGGCCACCAGUGCCCAACCCGCACGGUGGUGCAUGGGAGCACGCGGCUGCCUGGCCGAACAUCCCAGCUGCUGCAGCCGCGGCGGGCAGUGGCGCAGGGGGGGGGGGGAGUGGGAGUCGUAGUGGUGUUGGCAUGCACGCGUUCAUGAGUCCAAGGGUGUCGCUGGACGAGUUACGCAGUGCUCUCGUAGAGUUGUUUGCUGAUGCGGAUCUUCCGUUUCGUCUUGUCGACCGAGCUUCGUUCCGUCGAUUUGUCGCCUUGCUGAAUCCAUCGGCCAAGGAUUUGCUGGGGUCACGUUACCGUUUGGCACGGGACAUGCAAGCAUUCAGUGAGGUGGCUCGAGAGGAGCUGAGGCAGGAGAUCGUUGGCGACGGUCUCGCGGGGAGGGUGUCCCUUAGCACGGACAUCUGGACCAGUGAGAACCAUACAGCUUUCAUGUGUGUGACCGUCCACUGGAUCACCAGUGAGUUCAGGCUACGUUCGGGGAUUUUGGAUUUCGUGCAGUUGGAGGGUUCGCACACAGGGUCUCUCAUAGCAGAGACCCUCGAGCGCAUCUUGACCGAGGCUGGCCUGCAGGAUGUAGUGUUUGCUGUGACGACGGACAAUGCGGAGAACAACAACAAGGCGAUGCGCCUUCUGUCGGGGGACCCAGCAGAGGGGCCAGGGGCGUGGACAGCUAAUCCACUGCUCGACAUUGGGCGUCACGUUCGCUGUCUUGCACAUGUCAUGAACAUUGCAGUGCAGGAGGCAUUAAAGUUGGAUGAUGUGAAGGAGGCGUUGAAACGCAUACGGGAUGCGUGUUCAUACAUUGGAUGGCUACGCGAGAAGCUCGACAAAAUACGUCUCAGUGACGUCCACUGGGACGCGCUUGUCGAGCUGAAGAACUUUCUUCAGCCCUUCCACUCGAUCACCAAGGUAGCUGAGGCUUCCUUGUACCCGACAGCUGCAGCGGUGGUGCCGCUGUACAACCAACUGCUGGACAAGAUGGAAAUCACCUACCGCGAGCCAGCCGUCUCACCCCUCACACAGGCCCUCAUCACCAAAGCCCUCGGCAAGCUGAAGAAGUACCCGUACGGCACCAAGGAAGAGUUGGCGAUCGCCACCUUCCUUGACCCCCGCUACAAGACAAUCUUCUUCCAGAUGCCCCAGUGGGAGGCGCUCAAUGCAGCGCAAGUGACAGAGGUGGGGGGAUGUGCUAGGAGUGUGCAGGGCGUGGAUGAGCCGACGGUGAUGCGCCUGGUGCGCGAUCGUUUGGUCGCAUAUCAGGAGAGAGUGCGCAGUCGGGGAGGUGGUGGUGAGGUUACGAGUGGCAUGGGGGAGGUCACUGACGGCGCUGGUGUUAGUGUUCAGGCCGCAGGGACCGCCCUCAUGGCUAUCAAGUCAUGGAUGGCGCAGAACACGAGCGGCAGGUCAUUGAACGUGGCAGGGGCUGCGCGUUCGCUUGUGGAGUUGUGCUAUGAGGCCGAGGACGAUGGGUUUUGA